UCUCCCCCUGUCCGUCUUGCCUUCUCCUCGCUUCCUCUCGCUGCGCAGGCCCCCCUCGCGCCGCUCAUUCGCCUCUCCCCGCCCUGCUUUGUUCCUAUUGUGCAUCUCCCUCUCCCCGCCGGCGAGUGGGAGGGCGCCGCGCGGCGGGGCGCCGUGGAUUCGCUGCUGCGCACUGGGCUGGCGGCGCAAGGCGCGUCUCUGGCGUGCGGUGGCCGGGCGGAGGCGCGUUUGCAGCAAGGAGUCGGAGUCGGUUUCUUCUUCUCCAGCCGGAAGAAGGCGAGGACUUGCCUUCGCUCGCCUCGCCUUCUUCUCUGGGGAUGGAGGCUGCUUUGCUUAAGCCGAUCGUGGCGGAGGUGAAGCCGGGCGCAGUGAGCGCGGAGCUGGAGGUGAAGAAACUGCAAGAGCUGGUGCGCAAGCUGGAGAAGCAGAACGAGCAGCUGCGCAGCCGAGCGGCUGCCACCUCCCCUUCCUCGGCGGGCCCCAGCAGCCCGCUGCAGCAGCAGCAGCUGCUGGUGGUCCCCGCCGCCGUCCAGCCCCUCCUGCCGCCAGCCUCGGCCCUCAGCAGCUCCCCGCCGGCCUGCAUGCCCAGCCCGGCGCCCGCUCUCUUGUGCCAAGCCGAGCCCUUCUUUUACUUCAAGCCUUCGCCAGCUGGAGGAGGGGAAAGCUCCUCGGGAUACCAGGAGGCCGCCGCUGCGGGCAUCCCCCCGGCCACCGUUUUGGAUGAGGUGGAGGUGUUGGAUCUGCAGGGGGUCAGUUACUGUGACCUGGAAGAGGAGGAGAGGGAGGAGACCUGGUUGUAUGUUGCACCAGCAAAGAGUGUCAUUCCCCAAGAAAAAUCACUGAGCCCUCUGCAGUGGUGUCGCCAUGUUCUAGAUAAUCCAAGCCCUGAGAUGGAAGCUGCAAAACGCUCUCUGUGCUUCAGGCUGGAACAAGCUAGUCGAUGGCGGAGUCUCUUCUCUACGUCUGUGUCUUUGGCUUUCCCCUCUAGCCCUGUUGCAAGGCUCACUCCGUAUAGCAAUGGCUUUAACACUCCCGCUUUCUCUAAAACCUUCAAUAAAGCAAUAUUAACACCUGAAAGAACAGGUUGUAUUUCUAGAAGUUCCCCUCUCAGCCCCCAGUCAUCCAUAGACAGUGAACUGAGCACCUCAGAACUGGAAGAUGAUUCUAUUUCCAUGGGAUAUAAAUUGCAAGACCUCACUGAUGUCCAGAUCAUGGCUCGGCUGCAAGAAGAGAGUCUGAGGCAAGACUAUGCAUCUACUUCAGCAUCUGUAUCAAGAAACAGCUCCAGUGUGUCUCUUCAUUCGGGCAAGAAAGGGACAAGCAGCGAUCAGGACUUUGAUCGCUACAGCCUUGAGGAUGAAGAGGAAGAAUUCGACCAUCUGCCACCUCCACAGCCUCGGCUGACCCGUUGCUCCCCUUUCCAAAGAGGAAUUCCUCAUUCACAGACGUUUUCUAGUAUACGGGACUGCAGGAGAAGCCCGACUUCCCCAUAUUUUCCCUCAAAUAAUUAUCAACAGCAACAGUGUUAUUCUCCCCAAGCGCCAAAUCCUCUUGAGCUGCAACCAAACAGGAUUAAUGGAGACAAGCUCCGAAGGAGCAUGCCUAACUUAGCUCGAAUGCCAAGCACCCCCACCAUCAAUACCAAUGUCGGCUCUGCAAUCACUGUAAGGAACAGUCUGAGCUUUGAUUCUAACUUGCAUGGAGCUGGUAAUGGCAUAUCAAGAAUACAGUCUUGUAUUCCUUCUCCAGGGCAACUUCAGCACCGAGUUCACAGUGUGGGACAUUUUCCAGUAUCUGUCAGGCAACCUCUCAAAGCCACAGCCUAUGUGAGUCCAACUAUUCAAGGGAGCAGCAGCAAUGUCCCGUUGUCUGGCACCUUACAAUUACAUACUAACACAGGCAUCCCAAUGCCAAGCAAGACUGCAAACACAGGCAUUGUAGCUCGCAGUGGGCUUCCGAGGCCCUCCCUGGCUAUAAGCGGGAGCAGCAUACCCAGGAGCAAAAUUGCACAGCCAAUUCGAAGUUUUCUCCAGCCACCAAAGCCUCUGUCUUCACUUAGUACUCUAAGGGACGGCAACUGGAGAGAUGGCUGCUAUUGACGUUGGGUGGACCUGAACUACAGACAAGAAAUAAUGUAGAUCAUCCUACCCAGCUGGCUGGGUAACUGUAACUGUGAGAGGGUGGAUGAAUAACAGGGCUGUUUCUUAUUCUUCUGUCAUUAUCGUCAGUCACUAAACAUACUGCACUUGGUUGUUUGCUCAGAAAACAAACAAACAGCAGUGUUGUCAAAUUUAUGUUGCAGCGUUAUUUAGAAUUUUACAUGCACAAAGUAUCCCCUGUGGGGGAACCAAAAUGUGACUUCUGAAUGCUUUGUAUUGUUCAUUUCUUUUUAAUUUGUGUACUACUUUUUCUUUUCAUUAUUACAAUGAGUUCUCCUGCAAAUUGACAAAACAGAUUCACAUACUACCUGCUUCAAAUUUUCUUUUGUAGCCUUUCCAAGGGGGCAUAUUUUUGCACUUCUUUAAAAAAAAAAAAUGCUUGAAUCAUAAAGUAUCAAAGUAUCUUGUGUGUGCCAUAAAUCUUUUUGUUUGUUUGUUUAAUAAUGCGGCACGAAUACAUCUUAAGCAUAUCUGCCCCAAUCCAGCUAGGGCUAUCUGCACAUGGAAGCAGACAUCCAUAUGCAUAUCCCUAACUGUAUGAGGAAAUAUGGGUAGUUUCAAAUGCUUAAGAAGUCACUUCAAGUCCAAGUCAGUUAAAUUCUUGGUGAUAUUCAGACCACCUGCUGUUGGGUGCGUGACCCCUCGCCACCCUCCCUUAAGUCCUGGGUUUUCUUUUUUUUAGCAUCAUGCAGUGGGUCUGCUCCUGAGUACAUAUAUUGUUGGAUCAGGGCUAUGAUGGGCACUAUGACAGCUCUGUUGUAUGAUUUUUUUUGUGGGAGCACACACUAAAAAAGUAUUCACUUGAAACUGCCAUGACUUUGGGUCAACAUGAACCUGUUCUUGUGUUUCCUUGUUCCAAUGUUAAUUUAUUAUCACGGGAGUGUUGUAUUUAUAAGGAAGACAUACAUUACACUGCACUUAAAAGAUGCGGUGAUCUCUUAAAUGGUUGAGUUUCGAUACUUUGUAAUAAAGAAUAAAAUUGCAAUGUUUUAUUAACACUGAUAUAUGGUGAAAACAAAUAAGUUUUCAUGGAAGUAAAACUUUUUGAUAGACCUUUUACAAGAAAAAAAACAAUUGCACUAAUCAAUGCUUUCUUACUAUGGAAUAUGAUUUUAAUACUUGAUUACAACUUGUAUUCUACUGAUCUGGAAUGUUUCAGAAAUAAAGAAAUCUAUUUCAGCAAUAUCAUGCUAUUCUUGGA